UUGCAGAGUUACGCGGCAUCUACGCCUUCAAAGCCGUCAUCAGCUCCUCCACACACGACACUACAGCGGUCUGUACGUGGCGCGGCCAGCAGCGGAGUCCCAGCUCGGGUCAUACCGCGCUUCCAUUUCCCCAAAGGUCGUCCACCUCCAGCGCACCAGCAAGACCACGCUCUGCAUAAAGUGCAGUCAGCGUUCGCAACAUUUCCAAAUAGUCAGGUUCCACGCGAAAGCUUCAAGCACAUAGUAAAAGCAUGUGAGUGCCCUUUAUACUGGAAGAUGCCACUGUUCCUAGCCACGCAGCAAUGUUUGCAUGCACCAGUUGAUGGACACAAGUUUAUUGACUUCUGGAGAGAAAUGACGUCACAGUGCCAUGACCUAGCGUCACGGUUUGUGUAUAUACUUACUCGGGGAAAAAGCAACACGCUAGCUCCUGAAGACUUCGUGCCGCUGGUGCAAGACGUUGUCGACACACACCCUGGUCUCUCGUUCCUAAAAGAAGCCACCGAAUUCCACUCCAGAUAUGUGCAUACGGUGAUCGCUAGAAUAUUUUACUGCGUUAAUCGAUCAUGGUCGGGACGGAUAUCAAUACCGGAGCUGAGAAGAUCAAAUCUUCUCCAAGUGAUUCAGUUGUUGGAAGACGAGGAAGAUAUUAAUCAAGUUACACAGUAUUUUAGUUACGAGCACUUCUACGUAAUCUAUUGCAAGUUCUGGGAGCUGGACAGGGACCACGACCUUUUCAUAGACAAGCACGACCUUGCGCGGCACAAUGAUCACGCUCUGUCAAGCCGUAUGAUCGAUCGCGUGCUUUCCGGCUGCGUGACGCGCGGCAACCAGAACCGCCUAACGCCAGACGGUGAACCCAGGAUGUCUUACACCGAGUUCGUCUGGUUCCUACUAGCUGAAGAAGACAAGACGCAUCCCACCGCAAUCGAGUAUUGGUUCAGGUGUAUGGACUUAGAUGGUGAUGGUUACAUAUCUAUGUAUGAACUUGAAUACUUCUACGAAGAACAGAUGCAGCGAAUGGAGGCCAUUGGCAUAGAGACGCUACCAUUUACUGAUUGCUUAUGUCAGAUGUUAGAUAUGGUGCAUCCGGCUGAAGAGGGAAAGAUAACGCUGACAGACCUUAAGAAAUGCAAGUUGACGCCGAUCUUCUUCGACACGUUCUUCAAUUUGGAGAAAUAUCUCGACCACGAGCAACGCGAUCCCUUCGCUACGCAACGCGACUCCGACUGCGAGAUGUCAGAAUGGGAUAGAUUCGCUGCCGAAGAAUAUGAACUGUUGGUAGCAGAAGAGGGUGGGAGCGACGCGCAGGACCAAAUCUCAUACGAUGAGACCGACGAAGAUUGUUUGUCACCAAAUAUUGAUGACAUCACGAACACCGAAGUGGUCGAGGAGUCCAGUGUGGAAGACUCUACACUUAGUGAGGGAGGGGCGAGCGUUGUGUGUCGCGGAAAAGAACCCCUAGCAGCUACGUCCAGAUCACAACCUGCUACAAAUCCAGCGGCUGGCUUCGUCAAUCUUAGUUCUAUUUAUUCACUUGGCGACGCCAAUAGAUGGCCAAAUCAAUCUGACAACACACCAAAAAAUGGUAUAACUGAAAGAAAAUCUGAAAAACCAGUCCCACCUGAGAAACCGAUUAGUCUGAUGAUGAUGAAUGGGAAAGUAGACAAUACAUAUCCUGGUUUUAGCAACAACAGCUUUUUGUACUCACAGUUGCUGAACCCGAGCGGCGCGCGCGCUAAAGACCCGCCAUCUUACAUGGCUGCCACUAGUGGGGCUAUUUAUGAAAAAGCGGCCGAACUUAAAAAAACUGCUACAUCUCCAAACAAAACAAUCAACAAAUCACCCGUCAGGAGUCCCGUGAAUGGUGUAAACAAAAUCUCCGAUAAUUACGAAAGAGCGAUCGCUGAAAGACUAAGCCCGCAAAGAGAAAGCUCAAGGUUGAAUCGCAGCAGUUUAUUUAGUAAAGUUAAUACCGGAGUUGUGUCCGGGAAAUUGAAAAAGAAUAAUCCUCGCAAUCACGAAGAGGAGGACGAAGAUUACGCGCGUGAUAGUGACGAGUGUUCAAUUUAG